AUGUCUUCUGAAAACCCUCAAUACUCCCUCUGGCUCUGGCGGACCGACUACGACGACAGAGACGACGGCGUUUAUGAAUUAAGAUGGUUCGCGCUGCAUAUCGGAACACCCUGGGGCAAAGUCGUCGUCAAGGCAAGUGAUGCUGAUUUUUCAGGCUAUGAUGCCAAACUGGCACAGUUUCGCGGGCACUGUUUGUCCCUAGCAGUGCACCCCGGCACAGCAUUCGAGAAGAAUGAAUACGGCUUCUCACCCAACGAUAGCCUGAAAUGGGUGCUCGAGGCAUUGAUCGCUGCGCAGGGCCAACGUGGUCCAACCUUGCAAGACAUGACCUUGAAGGACUUUUUGCGAAAUCCAUGCAGCAGCUACCGAAUCAAGAUGAUCUCUACGCAGGACCAACGUGGUCCAACCUUGCAAGAGAUGACCUUGAAGGACUUUUUGCAAAAUCCAUGGAGCAGCUACCGAAUCAAGAUUAAGGAGGGCAAGCUGCACGCCGAACCCUGCGAUUCCAUCUCCGGGAAAAGGGACAUGGCUUUCUGGACCGGCUUAUCGAUGCCUCGCCUGGGCGAUCUACCGCCUUUCACAAUAAAGACGCGCAACUGGUCUGACUUUUGUAUCCGCACCCAGGUUCCCGGCAGCGCCGUCGGCGACUUGGCGCGCCCGGUGUGGCUCGGCGACGAGUGCUACCGAUUCAGACCCUUCGUUGGCCUCAACAAGGACGACAUUAGCCAGAUCAUCAAGAAGCACCAGGUCAUGAACUCCAUGGUAAACGAUCCGAGUAUCUUUUUCAACUUCCAGCUCAUCCCGGCGUUCGUGACGGUCGUCCACUACGUCAUCAUCGACGACAAGAAUCGGGUGCUGGGCCUGGCUGGCGAGUGCCCGUCCGGUGCCAUACCGCUGCGCCAGGCGCUGCAGGAGGGCCGUUACGCGGCGAGCAAGAGCGCCUGGAAGAAGAAGCUCGAGGACACGCUAGGGGGAAUGCGCCAGGGGGAAGAGCAUUGGAUGACCGUGUCGCUAGACAGCGUGCUCGUCCGGGAGGAUGAGGUGUGGAUUUGGGAGUUUGGGGCCGCGUAUAAACCCUCUGAUCUCGACGCGUUUGGCGGCGGGGCGACCGAGCUUGAUUCAAGUCCACUCGAUAAGCUCUUUUCGGAUCCCCUUUGGGGAGGAGCGUGA